AUAAAUGAAGAAGAUGGAUUUAGUAAUGAAAUCUGACUACAUUACAAGGCAUAUAUCAGAGACCUGAGAUAUCUUUGCAGCUAUUUUUUCCUUCUUUUUCUCUUCAUGGAAAGAAUGCUAUCUCAAUGAUCUGUUGGGUGAGAAGCUCAAUUUAAAGAAAAAUGAACAUGAGACUUUAGGCUCAUUUUAACCAAAGUAAGAUGGUUUUUCGUUUUGUAAAACAAUAUAUUAUUUAUUUCAUUCUCAAGGUUGAAGGCACUAGGGCCUGGCAAAGAUUUUUUUUUUUUUUUAGUUCCCCACUGUGGCUGCUACAUUCAUACUCACUUCCUUCUGGUCUUGUGAUGAGCUAAGCAAACCAGACUCCAACAGGAACCCUCCACACUGGUGGCUGUUUCCAUUGUAGCAUGUAUUUGUCAUGUUCAUCUUCCUUUCUGACAGUUCAUCUUCAUCUUGGUUUACGGCAUGGAUCAAAGAGAAAUUAUCAUGAAAAACCUGAAAAGGAUCAGAAACAGAAACCUCAACAAGGAAGAAUUCACCAGUGAAUAUUUGAAACUGAAGCGGCAAUCAGCGACCUAUAGAGCAGAGAAAAUUUACCCAACAACUGUGUCUGAGAGACCUGAAAAUAGCAGCAAAAAUCGUUAUAAAGACAUCUUACCAUAUGACCAUACCAGAGUGAAGCUCUCUUUUAUCACAUCAGAUAAAGAUUCUGAUUACAUCAAUGCAAAUUUUAUCAAGGGCGUAUAUGAGCCAAGAACCUACAUUGCUACCCAGGGUCCACUUUCUACAACUGUUGUAGAUUUCUGGAGGAUGAUUUGGGAAUAUAAAAUCUUGAUCAUUGUCAUGGCUUGCAUGGAAUUUGAAAUGGGAAAGAAAAAAUGUGAACGUUACUGGGUUGAUGUGGAUGAAUCCCCAUUGCAGUUAGGCCCUUUCUUCAUUAUCUGUGAGGCGGAAGAAAAAAGACAGGACUAUGUGAUUCGCAAGUUGAAAGUGAAAGUGAAUGACAGUGAAAUCAGAAGCGUCUACCAUUUUCAUUAUAAAAAUUGGCCAGACCAUGAUGUUCCAUCUUCAAUCAACUCUAUUUUUAAGUUCAUAAAUGAGAUGCAUUGCUACCAAGCAAACCAUGAUGUACCUAUCUGUGUACACUGCAGUGCGGGCUGUGGACGAACAGGAGUGAUAUGUGCCAUUGAUUAUACUUGGACUUUGCUAAGAGACAGUAUUCUACCAAUGAACUUCAGUAUUUUUAAUAUGAUUCAGGAAAUGCGCACGCAGAGACCUUUGGUGGUACAAACUCAGGGUCAGUAUAAGUUGGUCUAUGAUGCAGUGAUCGAACUCUUUCAAAGGCAGAUUGAAGCAUUCGCCAGUCAUUCUGAUCCUGUUGUUAUAGAGACCGGAAUAAACCGUCCUGUAGCCAAUAUACCUCAGGAUCCAAAUAGGGAAAAGUCUUGUAUAAAACAAUCAAACAGUUCUGUACAAGAGCAUCAGGAUAAAUCUCGGUGUCCCAAUUGUGCCACACAAAGCUUAAACAUCCUUGAUCGAAACAGAGAUGGUGCUUCUUUGGUCAGGCCAGCACUUUCUGUUGGAGCACUGAACCCUACUGCUGGCAGAAACACAGGAUGGGAUUCUUGGUUGGCAAAACAGCCACUCCACAAACAUCGCAGUUUGGACUUCAGUUAUUGUUUUUCAGUUGAUCGGCUUCUCACUGUGGAAAUGGAUGAUAAAACUGGGAAGGGCUUAGAUACCAAAGUGCACCCUAUCCAGACCGAAUCUACUCCUUUUCAAUCAGUUUCACAGAAAACACUGCAGCCAUUGACAAAAAUGGAUUCAGAAUCUGGCCAGUGUGGAGGCUUUCAACUUGAUUCAAACCUUUCAAAAAAGCUGACAAACAAUGCCCCACACUACAAGCGCAAGGAUUUGUGCCACAAGGAGUGCAUAUGGUCAUCAGAGGACUACAUAGAUUCAUCAGAGGACUACAUAGAUUCAUCAGAGGACUACAUAGAGUCAUCAGAGGACUGCAUAGGGUCAUCAGAAGACCCCUACUUUUACACUCUCUCAUCAGAAGAACUAUGCGUCCCAGCAUAUCCUGCUCUCAAUUCCCUUAGAACAGUUCCUUCACCUUCUGCUGUGGCCUUUACAGGCCAGGCUUUGGAGAGCUCAGAGGCCAGCUACCCAUUGUUCAACCCUCCAGCCCAGGAUACUCGUCCUUUGGAUACAGUCUGCCACAGUUCUCCCCAGCAUGAUGAAGAUAUUCCUCCUCCCCUGCCUGAGAGAACCCCUGAAUCUUUUAUUGUACUUGGAGAAGAGAAUGAGCUCCAGCAAUCGGAUAAACCUUUGUUAGCAGUUUCAGAUCAUCAGCUACCAUCUAAAAACAACAAAUCAAAAAUCUCUACAGAAUGGAGCAGCCUGUCUCAGCUGAGAUUUUCUGAUGACUCAGUGAGACUGAGACCCAAUAAGAGUGGAAAGCUACAGAGACCUAGAUCAGAAUUUCACUGGAACCGAUCUUCUUCACCGCCUACUCCCCCACUUCCGGAAAGAACUCCUGAAUCAUUUCUUCUUGCAGAUGAGGACUCUUGUCCAUCUGUUACAAACAAUGCAGUGAACCUUGGCAACCUUCAGAUUAAAUCAGCAAAGGAGACAACAAAAGAAGCAGGCAACUUCAGAAGGAGCAAGAGUUUGAAAAUUUUACGAAAUGUGAAAAACUGUAUUUGGAAUCCAUCUUCGUUAGUAAACGCUCCGGAGCAUAAUCAGUCAAAUCAUCACAGCUCUAUUCUGAGUUUUGGCUUUGCAAACCGAUUCUCCAAACCCAAAGGACCAAGAAAUCCACCAUCAAAUUGGAAUAUUUAAGAAGAAUUUCUUAUCUCUAGUCCUGUAGACUUGCCUUGCUGAUGUUUUUUUUGUUUGUUUCCAAUAAACAGCAUUAUUUUGAACAAAAAACUUGUAUUAUGGUAUUUAGUCUUGUAUGCUGCAUCUUCUUAGUAAAAUUAAUAUACAAUAUAAUCUCACCUGUCCAUCUGAUUUGGAUUGCAUGUCAUGCUGAGGAAAUGAAAUCAGAGAGCUUUUGUGCUACUUCCAAUACUUGUUUCC